GACGUCACUUGUCCGGACAUCCUUGGAUUUGCUGUACUGGAGACAGCUCGCUAAGCUGCCUGCAUUGUAAGAUUCCUCCGUCGCAGUGUUAAAUCGACUUCGAGAGGGUAAAUACACUCGGCCAAAUAGCUAAAAUUGUAAUGAACACGACAGGUUAAUUGAUCAUGGCAGGACACGAUGCUGGAACCCAGCACCAGUUUACUGGUUUCGCGAAACACUUCAAUGCGUACACCAUCACCGGAAGGAGGAACUGUGUCCUGGCUACAUAUGCAGGCAUCGCUACAAUUUUCCUCUUCUUCAAGCUGAAGCCCAAGAAGCAGAAGCAGGUCACAGCAAAGUAAUCAAUGGUUCUUCCCUCUCAGUGCUCUUUUGGACUGAGUGAGCUGGUCGCUGGCUUUGUGUAUAUGGAUACGGCAACCUUUGUGAAUCCCUAAUUUAUGCACUUCAGGAAAAUAAAGAGCGUAAAAAACA